UUGGCUGCCAUGAUGGACUGCCAGUGAGCGAGGGCAGGGGACGAUAGGGUGUCCGUCCCCGAGUUUAAAGUCCUUGUCAUUGAGAUCACCUUGAACUUUAUGAGUGAGAACGAUGCGGUUGCGCGGGAGAAGCAGCACCCAUUGCUCAUCGGUUCAAUGUCAUUCCGAGAACAGGAGAACAGGGCUCUUCGUACUGGGCCACCGGUGGGGGAUUCACCGUGAGUGGCAAGUGGGUGCGCCGUCACUUCAGCCAGUGCGUCCCCGCGCCUAUGACACUCCUGGGAGAGGAGAAGACGCGGGCGAGUUGGCAGAAUCCGGCGGAGCUACCGUCACGUACGGCUAGCCUUCCAAGUCCCCAAUCGUGCAGCAAGGCCUCUGGGAGUGUUUGUACCGAGCAUAGGCGGCUCGAGUACCGGUCAUAUACUGCUAGUAUAUUACCUUCCUGGCUCGAACUUGUCCGGGUCUUAGUCCAACUCUUUAUUCGAGUCGUGUACGAGUCAUGGCCCUCGGACGUGCACAGAAGGCAUCAACACGUGGAACAUGGCGACCAGAUGCCGUAUGUGUGUAUAAUCGCCCGCUUCCAAUGCAAUCCCGCGCUCUCCGCGACAUUCUUGUCGUGUAGGGCAGCCGCUCGCAUGCGUCCCAUGAUGUUGCAUCGGAGUAUCCACGGAGGACACGGUGUCUUGGUCUACUUCAGCUCGCGAAUGCCUGGAAGACAUCGAUAUCGGAGUUCAUACCCACUGCGAUGCGUUUUCCCGACCUGUAUGGCCCUCAAACGAGUACGGACACCAGUUGUACGACGCCGGUUUGAGCUCAUCUCAUCUCCUACGACAGUAUGCGGGUGCAUCGUUCCACCGGGGAGUCGGGAUCGGCGCUUGCGCCGCUAAGGAUGGUAUCAGGUAUGUCACUACGUGCUCCGACUACGUACCCGCCAUUCAGCAGGACGAUGACAAUUGUAGAUAGUGUCUUAAAUGUUGUCUUCUUGACACUGCUUGUGUUUGCGGUGUAUGUCUUGUCACGAUGGUAUAAGUACACGCAGUUGUUGAUUC